UUUAUUUUAUAUGAAGAGCGAUACACCCUAUAAUAUUCAUAUCUAUACGCGUAUUUCAACUUAUUCAGUAAACCACCAAUUUUCAUUAUUUAAUUAGGUUUGAUUGCAGCAUAUGUACCCACAUACUGAUAAUGGACUUACAAUACAAAGGAUUACCUUCAUUAACCAACUCACGAACUGUUCAUAAUUCUUUAAAUUGCUUUAAUUUGAGUACCGAAAUACAAAUGUUUGUAGUUCAACCAAUGUAAAUAGCUACACACGCUCCAGUUCAAGUCUUUGCUCGAUCGCAGAAAAUGCAUUCCGAGAUGCGUAGUCGCAAUAGAUUUGAUAAAAAAAUUAUUUUGCUAUUUUUACAAAUCUUCUCCAAUGGUGUUGCGCAGAAAUUCUCUACUCUGCUGGAUGGAAGAAUAGUCGGUGGCCAGCUGACAACCAUAGAUCAAGUACCGUAUUUGUUGAAUUUGCGUCGUAAUGGUGAAUUCAUCUGUGGUGGCUCGUUAAUAACCAAACGUUGUGUACUCACAGCGGCCCAUUGUGUCAAAGGUGUGCCAUCUUCGAGCUUGACAGUGCAUGCUGGCGCUAGUCGACUUUCCGAGCCGGGCGUGACACGCCAAGUCGAACAGCAUUUCGUGUCGCCAUUCUACUCCACAGCGACAUUAGAUAUGGAUGUGGCAAUCUUAAAAUUAACCGAUACGUUAAGUGGACCAAGUAUUGCUACAAUUGGACUAUGCAAUACAACUCCUGGAAAUAAUGAGUUUGUAAAAAUUUCUGGUUGGGGUAUAACAGACGAAUAUAACAAUCAACCAUCCGAUCAGGUGCGCACGACGCAUGUGAGCGUCGUGGCUAAAAGUGAUUGCAUGCAGGCUUAUUUGGGUAAAGCAUUGUUAACGAGCACAAUGUUUUGUGCGACUAUACCAGGUGAAAGAGAUUCUUGCUCUGGCGAUUCUGGUGGACCGGUGGUAUACGACGGACGCGUUUGCGGUAUAGUUUCGUGGGGCUUCGGAUGUGCACGCAAGGAGUAUCCAGGAGUCUAUACCAAUGUGGCUAGUCGACGGGUAAACGCUUUCGUAAAACAAACUCUAAUGCAAAACUGCCACUAAUUAAAAAUAUUAUACUAUACACCCAUAUAUAAAUAUGAUGGUGUAUAAAUAUGUGUUAGAGAAUAAGAGAAUACUUAAUACAUACUUAGAGAGGUUAAGAAAAUGUUUUCGCAUACUAAAAUAUUAAAGUUAU